CUCAGGGUGAAGGCUCCGGCUCGGGCCCGCACCGCCGCUGCCACGGAACGGAGCCUGGGCGGCCGCGGGCGCCCCGCCUGGGAGGGGUUAAGCGGGAGCCCCAGCCCGGGGGCGGACGGCGAGGCUCCGGCGCCUGCUAUACGGCGGCGGGGCUCUAGGUGUCCUGCCUGGGAGGGUCCCUGCUGCAUUGCAGCCUCCGCGCCGCUCCGUCUCUGGCGCACACAAUGGCGACUCCCAGCCCCAGCAGCGGCUCCGGCUCGGGCGGCGGGAGCGGGCCGGGCCCAGGCGGGCCUCCGGCGCACGCGGCCGUCAGCAGCAUGCAGGGCUUUCAGAUAAACUUCUGUGAAAAGGCACAAAGUAAACGCAAAGCACUGAAGUUAAAUUUUGCAAAUCCACCUUUCAAGUCUACGGCAAGAUUUACUCUAAACACUUCUGGAGUUCCUUUCCAAAAUCCACACAUUGAUACACAAGCAACACUGGGUAGUAAUCACAUUGUCCCGUUCAGUUUCAAAAGGAGAGAAGCGGACCUCAUCCAGAAACUUUCCAGCAGGCUACAAGAGAGACUGAGAACACACAGCAUUGAAUCAUCAGGAAAAUUGAAGAUUUCCCCUGAACAGCAUUGGGAUUUUACAGCAGAGGACUUGAAAGACCUUGGAGAAAUUGGACGAGGCGCUUAUGGUUCUGUCAACAAAAUGGUCCACAAACCAAGUGGGCAAAUUAUGGCAGUUAAAAGAAUUCGGUCGACAGUGGAUGAAAAAGAACAGAAGCAGCUUCUGAUGGACCUUGAUGUAGUAAUGCGAAGCAGUGACUGCCCAUAUAUUGUUCAGUUUUAUGGUGCACUCUUCAGAGAGGGUGACUGUUGGAUCUGUAUGGAGCUCAUGUCUACCUCGUUUGAUAAGUUUUACAAAUAUGUAUAUAGUGUAUUAGAUGAUGUUAUUCCAGAAGAAAUCCUAGGCAAAAUCACUUUAGCUACUGUGAAAGCACUAAACCACUUAAAAGAAAACUUGAAAAUCAUUCACAGAGAUAUCAAACCUUCCAAUAUUCUUCUGGACAGAAAUGGAAAUAUUAAACUCUGUGACUUUGGCAUUAGUGGACAGCUUGUGGACUCCAUUGCCAAAACACGAGAUGCAGGGUGCCGGCCGUACAUGGCGCCGGAAAGGAUAGAUCCCAGCGCGUCCAGGCAAGGCUACGAUGUCCGCUCAGAUGUCUGGAGCUUGGGGAUUACAUUGUAUGAGCUGGCCACAGGGCGAUUCCCCUACCCCAAGUGGAACAGUGUGUUUGACCAGUUGACGCAAGUAGUAAAAGGAGACCCACCACAGCUGAGUAACUCAGAGGAAAGGGAAUUCUCCCCAAGUUUCAUCAACUUCGUCAACUUGUGCCUUACAAAGGACGAGUCCAAAAGGCCAAAGUACAAAGAGCUUCUGAAACAUCCCUUCAUUCUGAUGUAUGAGGAACGCACAGUGGAUGUUGCAUGCUAUGUUUGUAAAAUCCUGGAUCAAAUGCCAGCAACUCCUAGCUCUCCAAUGUAUGUCGAUUGAUAUUGCUGCUACGUCAAACUCUAGAAAAAGGGCUGAGAGAAAACAAGCUGUAAAGAAUUUUCAUCACAUAUUGCAGUGUUUUUAAUGCUCGCCCAGACACCAUGUGCAAUAAUAUUGGUGUUAUUUCCAUCCUGUCUGUAUACUGUUGUCACAUAUAAAGUGCAUCCCUGUAAUACCUGAUCACACAGUGUUAGUGUUGGUCAAAGAGAGACCUCAUCUGCUCUUUUGUGGACAUAUUCAUGAAAUGUGGAAAUAAGUACAUUUAUUUGUUGACCGUGAUUGGAUAGCACCUAAAAUUCAUUUCUAGACUCAAAACUUGGAGACUCCUCAGCAGCUACUGGAAAGAUUUUUCUCUCAAACUCUUCCAAUUGUUGUUUCAAGUAAUAAUAAAAAGCAAGCAAACAAAAGUUAGGCGUUGUCUGUCUGAACAUUAAGAGACUUUGCCUGGAGGGAGAAGAACUUGCUUAACCAACGAGAUACUUUGCCUUCUGGAGCUAGGGAGGCAAAGGAGAAUUUUAUUCUUCACAAAGUGCAAUAGAUUUACUGCUAUGAAAUUCUGUUGCUUUACAGUCGCAGCGUACUUUCUGGGGACAGUGUGCUCAGCUGAACUUCCUGUUAAAAGAGAGCUCAUGUUAAAUAUAGUGAAUAUGUCUUUACCAAAAAUAUGUCGCAUUGAAAGAGGCUAACAUUAAACUAUUCAGAGAUGGGACAUAAUGUAUUCUUUCUCCUUUUACCAAGCCAGCCACCCUUCACUCUUAACUAGGCGUCCUGUAAAUUGUUACCUGGUAAGAUAAGACCUUUGAUCUGAAGAAUUAUUAAACUACUCAAUUGAAUUUAACCCGCUUGUGACCUGAUUUAUAGCUGCACAGCGCUCACCACCGGCUGGCUUUGCUUUGACUUCGACAAGUGCCGUUCACAAAGUCUGCAGCUGUUUUAAUGAGCCAGAAAUGAAUGUCUGUGAUUCCUAGUCCAUGUUUCUCAUGCUCUUCACUGUCCCCAGCUCUGCUGCUAGCACCGUUUCCCUGCCCCCAGCCCAGCAGCGCUGCCACUUCCCAGCCCGCUGUGUCCCUAACGCCACCAGACCUCAGCCGUUCCUCCUCAGCGCUGCGGCAGGAUGGUUCUGCCACGCCGAGUCUGUGCCCAUUGCGCUGCUACAAAUGCGAUGCUCUGCUUGGUUGGUUGGAAGCCUUUUUCGCCUUUUGGGUGUAUGUAACCUCUUGUUACCCUGGGAAGCUCAUGUUACUGUACUUUGCAGUGAACCUUGCUGAGAACCUUGCAAGGCAGUGGAGAUGAGGGAACGUCAAACACCUUCUGGGUUUUCAGCAGAUCCAGCAAGACCAGGCAAGGUGUAGGACUGGCACUGCUGCCCUGAGCUGUGGGUGCCCCAUCCCUGGAGGUGCCCAAGGCCAUGGAUGGGCCCCGUGCAGCCCGAGCUGGGGGCAGCCAGCCCACGGCAGGGGGUUGGAACUGGAUGACCUUGAAGGUCCCCUGAAACCUAAGCCAUCCUGUGAUUCUGUGAAGGCAUGGCCUUGUGACUAACUGCUGACCACAAAGUAAAUCAGUUGUCUUUUUUUAAUUAUUAUUUUUUAAAUUUGGCAUCUUUUUGAAAGAGGAUUUUUUUCUGAAUACUCUUUCCCUCCAAAAUACUGCGGUUCUCAGACAUUGAGUAGCAUGCUGGAGAUCAAAUGGAGGCCGCGUGAUUUCCAUUUUGAAUUGUCCAGUUUUGGGCACUUGAUACGAUUUUGCCGAAGUGCAAGCAACCCACUCGAAGCUUUGGCAGCACCAGGCCGGGGCGCAGAGGGCUGGGUGCACGGAGCAGUGCGCACGCCGCAGUGGUGGGAUUUCCCUGGAUGGGGCUUCCCAUUGCAAUGCCACCGGGCUGCAGUGGGAGCACAGCUCAUCCCUGCCCCUGCUGCUCAGGUGGGGAAGGAGAGAGCCCAGGCCACGCUUGCAGGCGCCCGGCAGAGGGCAUGCAGCGCUGCAUCUCCCGCUGAGCGCCCGCAGCCCCCAGGGCAGCAGCCCUGCAGCGCAGCGUGCGGGUGGGGCAGUGCUGAGCUCUGCAGGGAGCUGAAAAAGCAGAAUUUCCUGAAGUGACCGCCCAUCCCCAGCUCUGAUAAACCCAGAACACGGUCCGUAGCGUGGCUAAAGCAGUAAUGAGAGUCGGAGUCAGGCGUGGGCUGUGCGCUGUCACUGCUGCCUGUGCAGAACACCUUUGACAUUGAUCGAUUUCAACUAUUAAGGGUGCACCAUUUAUUACAAUGUAUCUUUAUUAAAAAAAAAAAGAGGUGUAUAGUGUUCAGAAGCUGUGAAAAUAGUGUAAGAACUGUACAUUGUGUACUCUGCUUAUUUUUUUUUCUUGUACCAUAGAAAAAAAAUGUAUAAAAAUGAUCGCAAAGCCGAUGUGCAGGGAUGUUGCCUUAUUGUCUGUAAAAUGGAGCUCAGGAACAUAACUGCUUCAAAGAGCUUCAGAGUAUUUUAUCCGGUAUCCUGGUUGGACUUCCUUCUCUAUUUAAGAUAUUAUACAUGGAUCAGAGUGUUUAUGUAAUAGUUCUAUCCUUUUGCCUGCAGGUCAGUUGUAAUAAAACUGGGAUGCGACCGUG